UUAUUUGGCCCACAUCUCCACAGCAGAGUAGAACCACACGAAAGAGGUUGUGUGGCCACACAAGGUGUCAGUGCAGCAAGGAAUCCACCAAAUGUACAGUUAACCCAUUUUGCAUUUGCGUGCCUCACCCUCAAAGAUCUGUUUUAGGUAAAUGCUGCGGAGUGAGUUGUUUAUAGUGAAGUCAGCGCCUGUAAAAUCAUGGGUUUAUGGGGAAGUAAAAUGAAAAUCUCACAUUGUUCCCAUGUAUGACAGUGUGUAAAUUACAAUGCUACUGACCUUCACUAAGCAGAGAGACAACAGGGUGUGGGAGAAGAGAGUGAAAAAGAAAUAAAUGGAGUAAGAGCAGUGAAAUGGCAACAAAGGUGGAAAUGUGGUGUUGGGUUUUUCUAUAUUGCAGAUCAAUUUGUCUGAGUCGCUCCAGCUUUACCUAGAAAUAGGUCUGUCCCAACAACUGUGCAUUAGGUACAGCAUGUCCUGGGAAGGUUUUGUCCGGAUUCCUUGCCCCAUUGCACACUUUUUGCACCUGUCCCAGAGCUGAAAUCGGCAAUGCACUGCUGACUAGCCCAAAAAUAAACAGUAAACAACAUGGAAAUGAAGGGGGAGAAAGACAGGAAGAGGGAAAAAAGGACGCAGCAAAGCAGUAUGCACUAGUGGGUGAGACGAUUAAAGAUUAACCCCCCUUGCCUCCUGCCUCCACCCCUCUGGGUAGAAUAGGCCUUGAAGCUCAGCGGAUCUUGCAGAGAAUUAUUUGAAAUAAAGGCCAACAGAUAGGGGACGCCGGCUAAAUCAGUUGGAGAAGUGGAGGGGCCAAUAACCUCUGGCCGCAGAUUCCCUGCAAUCUCGGCGGUGUUUGCUGAUGAUAAUGCGCCUUUCCAAAGCCCUGAUAGACAUGGAGAUGGCAGAUUAUAGCGCAGCUUUAGACCCAGCAUACACAACUCUAGAGUUUGAGAACAUGCAAGUCCUGGCCAUCGGCAAUGAUACCUCUCCAUCUGAAGCUGCCAAUCUCAAUGCCUCCAACAGCAUCGGAGCCAGUGUGCUGUGUGCCAUUUGCGGAGAUCGGGCAACAGGGAAACACUAUGGGGCCUCUAGCUGCGAUGGCUGCAAAGGGUUUUUCAGGAGAAGCGUCAGAAAGAACCAUAUGUAUUCCUGCAGGUUUAACAGACAAUGUGUUGUAGACAAGGACAAAAGAAACCAGUGUAGAUAUUGCAGGCUAAAGAAAUGUUUUCGAGCUGGAAUGAAGAAAGAAGCUGUGCAAAAUGAACGUGAUCGAAUCAGUACCCGCAGAUCUAGUUAUGAAGACAGCAGCUUGCCUUCUAUUAACGUUUUACUGCAAGCAGAAGUACUUUCCCAACAGAUAUCAUCACCAAUGUCAGUGAUCACUGGGGAUAUCAGAGGAAAGAAAAUUGCAAAUAUUGCAGACGUGUGUGAGUCCAUGAAGCAGCAGUUGUUGGUGCUGGUGGAGUGGGCCAAGUACAUCCCAGCCUUCUGUGAGCUUCCUCUAGAUGAUCAGGUGGCUUUGCUCCGGGCUCAUGCUGGAGAACACCUACUACUGGGAGCAGCCAAGCGGUCAAUGGUGUUCAAGGACAUCCUACUCCUAGGAAAUGACCACAUAAUCCCUCGUAACUGUCCAGAGUUGCUGGAGAUCAGCCGUGUGGCCGUGCGGAUCUUGGAUGAACUAGUGUUGACGUUCCAAGAGCUUCAGAUCGAUGAUAAUGAAUAUGCUUGUUUAAAAGCCAUCAUCUUCUUUGAUCCAGAUGCUAAGGGCCUGAGUGACCCCAUCAAGAUCAAACGAAUGAGGUAUCAAGUUCAGGUCAGCCUGGAGGACUACAUCAAUGACCGGCAAUACGAUUCCAGGGGACGCUUUGGGGAGCUGCUUCUCCUUCUCCCCACUCUCCAGAGCAUCACCUGGCAGAUGAUUGAGCAGAUCCAGUUUGUCAAGCUCUUCGGCAUGGCCAAGAUUGACAACUUGCUGCAAGAAAUGUUGCUGGGAGGAUCAUCAAAUGAUACACCUCAUACUCAUCACCAUGCUCUGCACCCUCACCUGAUCCAGGAGAACCUGGGGACUAAUGUCAUAGUGGCCAACACAAUGUCUGCUCAGAUCCACAAUGGGCAGUUGUCUACUCCUGAAACUCCACAACCUUCCCCACCAGCUGGCUCUGGAGUUGAACAAUACAAACUGCUUCCUGGGGCCAUUGCAACCGUAGCCAAACAGCCCACUUCAAUCCCUCAAACCACCAUCACAAAGCAAGAGGUCAUCUAGCAUCCACUGGAAUUAAUACUCUCUGUGUUACAAUGGCCAUUUUUGCAGGGGGCAAUGAAGAAAAGCCCCUCCUCAUUUUGACCGUGCUGGAGGUAGAGUAUUGAUGGAAAUAUAUAUGGGGGCAGAAGCUUCUCCAGGUAUAGCAGUGGAGAACCUGAGUGCUGUGGAACAUACAGACAAGCUGCACUGGAAGCCUUAUUUUUCCUUUUUAGAUCCAGAUCCCAGACUUCUGUUCUGCAAACGCCUUUUUUCAAAAAUUGCACUGACUCACUUGUUUCUUCACUGCCAGAGUUACCUGUUGUUUUGAUGUUGUAUUUGCAAAUCUGACUUUUGAAGACAAAGCUGAAAGGUAUCUGAAUGAAAAGGACACACUUUGGUUGGAUCAGCUCAAAAUAUCCCAAAAUUCUUGUGUGACAUAAUUGAAUUGCAUGUUCCUGAAUGGACACAAUUCUGAUAGAGAAAAAUGCAGAGAAUUUGGACCAGCUGCUGUUGAAGCACAGCCUUUUUACUGCCUCCUCCGCUGCCUUGGAACACUUCCAGACGUGAAGGCUAGGCCUAUAUGCUUCCACUGAAAUUCAGCAACAAAGAAAAGACCAUUCAGAGGCAAACCUAUGUUCUCUUCCAGUUCUCGUAUGAUGAUGCUCUACUUAUAUUCUGUUUAAUGAUGUCUGUUUGAACAAAGAGUUUUCUUGCUGGAUCAAAUCAAAACCCAUCCAUCCAACAUUCUCUUCCUCCAACAGUGACUAACCAAAUAGGUCUCUGGGAAGACUACAGGCAGGAGAUGGAAUUGUCCAUCUUUGCCUGGUUAACCUCAUUAUCUGGCAAGCAGUUGCAUUGCCUUUGCUCAUGGAGAUACCAUAGCUAAUUGCCAUUGUUGCUUCACCUGUCUUUCAUGAAUUUGUUGAAUGGUUUUGGUACCAUAAAGUUUGCCUAGCUGGAAGAGCACUAAGUCUAUCCCUUUGACAGGCUUGCCUCUCUGGCGAUGUGCUGCACUUAAGCUGAUUUGGGGACUUUCUUCUUCCACCUCCACCCAAGACAAAAUGUCUUGACUCAAUAUAAUUUGAUGGUGGUAGAACAAUAUGCUUCACUGAAUAUCUUGAUGAAGUAACUCGGUGCCAGACCCAUCUGUUUCUCAUCCUUAUUCCCAAUUAUUCCAGGUGCUACUAUAUUGAGUGUUACAGAGAACAAAUGAGGGGACGAUACUGGUGUGGAAAAGGUUGCAGUUAUUAGACUAAUGUCAACAAAUCAAGCUCAGGCCUCACUGCUGUCAAAAGGAUCCCCAAAGCAAUCCUUGCAUGAUUCAGUUGUACUCUUUAUCGGAAGUCAUGUUGACUCACAUCAUGUUAAGAAAAUAUUUCCUGAAAACAGCUGAGAGUGGAAAGAUUGAGGACAUGCAUGUUAGGUUCAUAACUGCAAUGCCAUGAUCAUGUCCUCUGAUUUAUCAGAGAUGGUCCUAACUAUGUAAUUCCACUUUUUAAGCUACUUUUUAAAGAUUCCAGUUCCUCUGUUCUCCUUCACAUUCUCCCUAUGUGCCUAUCUUAUUUCAAUUACUGCAAAUUGAGUUCAAAGUAAAAAAAAACUUUAAAUUCAAUAAACUCUGCAGGAGGAAGAUGGGGGUGCCAUCUUGCUCUUCCUAGUUGGCUCAGGCGCAUCUCCUAGUUUCUUUCUUUCUCAUAUUUUUUUGCCCCUUGACCACAUCUGAUGUUGUUUAGAAUUCUUUGCCCCAGUUUUCAUCUGUGAAAUGUUGUCGGGUAUGCAUUCUCAGCAAUAACAAGGACAGAGGGCAACUUUCAUCACAGGUGUCAUUCUCUGCACAUGGUCUGUGAAUCAGAUAUAUAGCCUUCUUGGAUGAAUGGGCCUUCCUAGUGAAGACAUUUGUCCUUAACAUGAAGAUCAACCAGAAUGACAUCUCAGAGGCAGAAUUAGCAUGCUUUUCCUCAUGCUUCCCCCUGUGUGUUGGGGAAUAUUAACAUCUUUGUUAUUCUCCCUUAACAUGCCUUGAUUUCACAUCAAGUUCUGAUUUAUUUGACACAUGAAAGGGAUAGAUCAGAUACUGAAGCUGAAAGAGAUUUGAAACCCACUCAAGAGAUCAGAAUGCCGUACAACCCUUUGUUGUUCUGAUGAUCAGGGUCUCUUGAUUUGCUUUUUUUUUUGUCCUGGGAUAAGAGAUCACACAACAAUAGUCAAAUUGUUCUCUCUGAUGAGUAAGAUUUGUGGAGCAACAUAGGCUGAAUUCACCAGAUGAUUUUAAGAUCCAAGAUGCACCACAAGGUGACUUUUCCCCUCAGCACUUACUAGAUGACACUAUACUAAAUAUUCUGAACCAAAUAAUUUACCAGAUCUAAGCAGAGUUGAGCUCACAGUUCCUUCCAUAUACAAAAAUCCACUUCUGGUUUCCAUAAACUUUCUUCAUUUCAGUAGCAUAAUCAGGAUAACCCAAGAAACAUUUGUCGUUUCUAUUGCAAAACAAUUAGGAUACAGAAAUACUUUGUCUGCCAAUUAACCCAAUAUGCCUUCCAUGUACCUUGUUCUAGAGUACACACUAAGAUCAAACUGAGUUGCUGAUCAGGACAUAUUGUACCAGUCACCUUUGGUGAACUGACAUACAAUCACUAUUACUUUAAAGAAGUAAUUAUUUAGAAUAAAAGAAUGCUGAUCCCAAGAAUGUGCCUGAAUUUACACUACACUGUUACAGUGAUUUGAUACCACCUUUGCUGUCAUGGAAUCCUGGGAUUUAUGGCUUGGUGAGACAUGGAGAAUUCUCUGCUAAAUAUUUCUCAUGCUGUCCCCUGAAUUCAGCAAUUUGUCUCAAGUACCAGAAAUGAAAGGAGCUCACAGUCCUAAACAAAAAGCUGUUCUUGUUUACUUUACAUUUUCUUCAUUUCUGCAGGAAAAUUCAAAGACUAGAUUGGGGGAGAGGGGGAGUCACCGUUAGUGCUAAUCAUUUGGAUGUCAUAAAUACUACAAAUUACUCAGAGCUCUACACAAGAAAGAUCACAACAGACUCUAACACUCCCUAGAUGUGCUAAAUGGUGGAAAUGUAGUACAAGCUGAGAAUUCCUUAUGCAGAAUUGUGAAACCUCCAAUCUUCCACAAUCCAAAAUUGUCCACAUGGGUAGCUGAGCUAGUGAUGCCUUUGCUUUCUGACAGUUCAGUGAUGCACACAAAACUGUCAGUGUAUACCACUUUGUUUCAUGCAGAAAAGUUAUUUAAAAUAUUGUAUAAAGAUACCGCCAGGCUGUUUAUAUAUGAAAUAUAAAUUAAAUUCAUGUUUAGACUGGGUCCCAUUUCCAAAUAUCUCAUUAUGCACAGACAUCCCAAAAUCCAGAUACAGGUAUUCCAAAGUUCUUCCCCAAAAUUUGAAAUCAAAAACAUUUCUGGUCCCAAGCAUUUCAAAUAAUGGAUACUCAACCUAUUCUAGUGAUUUUGUAGAUAAUAUAUGUUACUUUCUAACUAAUAAACAGGAACAUUGAUACUGAAUCUGAGACAGAUAUUAUUUCCCUCAACUACUAAUAGUGAAGUAUUUUAACAGAAGAUGCCAGAGACUGAAUUUGGAAUCUUUGAAGACAGAUUCUUGAACCAGCUAGAAAGACACACACACACGGAUUCAAAGAAUAUGAUAAUAAACUAGUGACAUCUCCCUCCAUUUAGGACUAGACGACAUGUAGAAAUUGGUUCAUCCUGACCCCAAACAUAAAUGCAACAGUGUUUUCCCCUUGCAGGAAUAUCAAUGACAGCUAACAUUAUCACUGCCAAAAAGUCCUCAUGCCAUUCUUGAUGGAGCAACCAACCUGCUGGUACCAGUCAAGUCCAUCUCACUGCAGCUAUUUAGGAUGUAGUCCAUUUCAUAUCAGAUGCAAAAAAUGAACACCUGCUGGUAGACUGUGAGUGUCAACAUAUUGUAUUGUUUGCCAAACAUGACUGUGUUAUGCUAUAUAAUUUAUUACAAUAAUGGGUUGAAUAAUUUUACCCUAAAUUAUUUUGUAAGUCAUAUUGAUUACAUCUAAUCACAAAAUGCAAUGUGAAUAAUGUAAAUUGCAGGAGGGCUUCUCCAACUGCAUCAACAUUUUCUGUGACUAGGGAUAGUUUGGAAGAAGGUAUUUUGGCAAGUAGAUGUUAACUACACACGAAAAGUCUCCCAUUAAGGUACAUUAAUUUCUGUUGACAACUGCCUUCCAAUGGAAACAGAGCUGUAUUGCUUUAUUAGUGUUUUAAAGAAAACAAUAAACACAAAAAUAUUUUCUAACCUUUCA